UAUUGAAUCCAGGUUUUCAAGCAGAUAAAAACGCUUGAACGAUUUAAAAAAGUGCGGUACAAAAGAUUUUCGUGAAAAAGCAAGCGAAGAAGUUUCAAAUAAAAAAUUGAAACUUUGAAAGAAAGAAGAUCCUUUGCAAUUUUUGCAUUAUUAUGGACUGUGGGAGACAAAGUGUGAGUCCGGCCAGCAGCUGCGGCAGUCACGAAAUCGCCGCCCUUUUCCAAGGAAGUGACGGUGGGAUGCCAUUGACGCCACCACCGACACCAACAAGCCCUCUGGGCACCUUUUCCCUGCCAACCCAAAACCAGCCGAUUGACAUGUCCCUGCCGAGAUUGUCAGCAUUCCAUGCCACUUCCAAGCCGUACAUUCACAGCCGCGAGAAGCCCUUCAAGUGCGAGCACUGCGGCAAGGGUUUCUGCCAAUCCCGAACCCUGGCCGUGCACAAAGUCCUGCACAUGGACGCAGCCCCUCACCAGUGCCACGUGUGCUACAAGGGCUUCAAUCAGCGUGCCAAUCUCAAGGCCCAUCUCGCCACCCACGACAUCAUCGUGUCUGACGACUCGUCAUCCUCGUCAUCGUCCACAUCCACGUCAUCCGUGUCGAUAGCUGCUCUCGUCAGUGGCAGCAGUGACACGAAUAACCCCGUCAGACAUCCGUGUCCCAAGUGCCCCAAGUCCUUUCGGAGAUACGGCGACUUGGUGAACCACUCGAAAAUAUGUUGCCAACCCUCAGUAGCACCAGCACCUGCUGCUGCUGUGCCAAAAAAGCCGCACAGUUUCUCCAUCGAGGCUCUUUUGGGUCGCUGAACCAAAUUAUCAUCACUAUUCUUAUUUUUGUUUCUCCCUCGAGAUGAUGAAAGAAAUGAGUAUUUAAGAUAAUACACGCAUGCCCACAACCAAAGCACCCCUGCUGUUAUUAUUUUUUUCUAUGUUUUUCAAAAAGAACAAACAAAUCAAACAGAAAAUGACAAAAAAAAUUGAAUCGAGGGAUUUGCCGAUUUUUAUUUCAUUGCGUGUGUCAUAUGAUUUGUUUUGUUGGUUUGUUGUUUUUGUUGUUGCUCCAGGGUGUUGAAGGAUGAUAAUUAAAAAAAAAGAAAUGCUUGUUUUUCACACACACC